AAGCAAAAGAAUCCAGAAUUUUUUGCAUCGUCGGUCCUGUGUAAAAAAGUGAUUUUCGCCAAGGGAGAGCAGAAAAACCAUAAUACUAAAUUAGUGAUUUUGGUGUUUUUUAGUGUUAAAAGUAUCGGAUUUAGUGAGUUUCUUUUGUCGAAGGUGCUAACAACAAGUGCAAAACGCGAAGUAUGCUUUCCAAUGCGAUGCGCGAUGAAAAUCCGCAAAUCGCGUUCUGUUUAAUGGAGUAGAAGAAAAAAAUUGUGCAAAAAUAAAAACAACAAAAAAAACUCAAAACUCCAAGAAUCGAGUGGGGAAACAAUGCCCAACGCGGCGGCGGGCACCGGUUUCCGGUGCCGGGGCGCCCGUGGCGAGCGCAAGCUGGCCAUCCACUACGUGUUUGUUUACGUGUUUUGUCUGCAAAUCGUCGCGACCACCAACGAUCGGAUGUCCUCGACGCUGUGGAAGCUGAACGCCGAGCAGGGCAAGAUCGUGAGCGUGCCGACGGGGGGUGGUGGCGGCGGUUCCGGAAGGGACGACUUUACGUUGGACGAGCUGGCCGAAAGGCUUGGGGAGCCGGACGAGGACGAAGAAUCGACGUUCUCGAUCAUCACGGCGACGGCGGCCAACUACCGGCACAACACGUGGAACCGGGGCGAGGGCACGACCGAGGAGCUGCUGCGGAGGCUUGCGGAAGGAGAAAAUCCCUCGUCAUUCGGUGCGAACUCGUUCAACGCAACCGCUGCGAGUCCCGUUGCACCACAACCGUCACGAUCCGGCCCGUCAAAACCGGGCGAUCCCUCGCUGGAUCUGCUGACCUGCGGCAAACCGGUCAACUUUACCCACUACGACGACCUGGUCGGGGUGGCCCAACGGUACGAGCACAACCCAGCCCCCGAGCCGGAAGUGGCCUACCUCUUCCUCAAGCGCAAAACCGGUCAAUCCCUGGAGCACUUCAACAUUGACGCGCUCGAGCGGCGGCUGCGGCGCGCCAAGAAGGAACAACCGCACACGAUCGCCCUCUGGAACCAGAUCGGGAACUUUUGGCGCAUCAAGGGAAACGCCGGCCACGCGAUCGAGUGCUUUCGGCGGGCCCUCUCGGUGGCGCCCACCAACGCGGACACGCUGCUCAACCUGGCCCGGGUACUGUUCAACCUGCAGUAUCUGGACGACGCCAUCAGUUUGACCAAGCGUUCGCUGGAGGUGCACCCGCCGGAUCGGAGCGCCUGGCGGCAGUACUUUACGCUGGGGGAGAUCUUCAAGGCGUACGGCCAGCUGUCGGACGCGAUACUACAUUUAAAACAAGCGUUGGCGCUGCAUCCGCACUACGAACCGAUCCGGCGGUUGAUUGCCGAGGCGGAGAAGAUCGAGUUUGCGUCCAACACGACGCGGAUGCAGUUCUACACGGGGCUGAUCAUCGCGGUGCUGUCCCUGUUCGUCAUGCUGAUGGUGACGGUCAUGCUGCGAACGCGCGCCUCGGGCCACAGCCACUGCGGCGGGGGCAGUUCGGCCGCCAUCAGCAUCACCAACAUCAGCAACGCCGGUGGAUAUCCGGACGGUGGCCUCGGUGGCGGCGGCGGCGACGACGGAAGUGACACCAACAACAACAACAAUAACAACAACAACAACAACGGGCUGGGGCCCAUCAUCAACAGCUUCUCGCUGGCCAACUUCCGGCCGGCGAAGCACUUUAACCGGGCCCAGGCGAUGCGCUCGCUGCGGAGUGUCGCCUUCCGGUCGUUCCGCCCGUUCCGGUACCGGAAGUAGGGCGUGUGUGGCUUUCGAGAGAAGGCGCUUAUUUGAAGAUUCACACAACACUGGCUAAUAGAGAGGACAAAAAAGAAGCACUAGAAAGAACAAAAUAAUUGCAACAGCAGCAAACAACUAACUAUUUAUUAUUUACUAUCGUACCGAACAAAAUAAUAAUCCUUAUCAAGCUGAAAACACACACACACAAAAGGAGGAGUGAGUAAAAGAAAGGAAAAGGCGCGUGCAGUUGUUCUACUUUUACACAAUAAUUUGAUUUUCAAAUCAACAAGUCACACUCAGAAUACUCUUUUUUUUUAAUUAUUAUUUUUAUAAUUUUGUAGUAGGAUUUUAAACCCUUAACGAUUAGACUGCGUUCGAGCGCAAAGUUCCUUCCGAAAAAAAAAAAUAAAUAUCACCAACAGAAAGAAGAGGCACAAGAAGUACUUUAGAAUCAACAGUUUUGAUUUUAAAUUUAAAUUUAUUCGCAAAACUCUCGCAAACCUCGAAAAAGAAAACAAUAGUCGUAGGUUGUGUGAAAAUCAUCGUGUAGACACCCCGAAACCCGAAUUUGGAAAUUAAAAAAAAUAACUUCUGCUCCUGUUGUUAAUCGAAUGUGAUAUAUAUUUUCAUUUUAAUUUAAUCCAAAAAAAAGAAAAAUCCGCGAUGCGAUUGGUUGUUUUUAAAAGCGAUUUGUUUUAAAAUCUCAUCCUCGGUGUACUUUUUUUAAAAA